CGCAGCAAUCCAAGCUGCCAGUGAUGGGUGCUGAGAGAGUCACUGUCAGAGGUCCCCGGACAAGCCCAAUACACAGAACGUCCAGUUUGACUCCCCUGCUGCUCAUGGGAAUGCUGACCUCAGGCCUGGCCGAGUCGCCAGUCCCCACCUCAGCACCUCGAGGCUUCUGGGCUCUGUCUGAAAACCUGACUGCGGUGGAAGGGACAACAGUUAAGCUAUGGUGCGGCGUCAGGGCCCCUGGCAGUGUGGUGCAAUGGGCUAAGGAUGGGCUGCUUCUGGGUCCAAACCCGAAGAUGCCAGGCUUCCCGAGGUACAGCCUGGAAGGAGAUCGGGCUAAAGGCGAGUUCCACCUGCUUAUUGAAGCCUGUGACCUCAGUGAUGACGCAGAGUAUGAAUGCCAAGUCGGCCGCUCAGAGUUGGGUCCCGAGCUUGUGUCUCCUAAAGUAAUCCUCUCCAUUCUAGUUUCCCCCAAGGUGCUUCUGUUGACCCCCGAGGCAGGAAGCACAGUGACCUGGGUAGCUGGGCAGGAGUAUGUGGUCACCUGUGUGUCUGGGGAUGCAAAACCAGCACCUGACAUCACCUUCAUCCAGAGUGGACGAACUAUAUUGGACGUCUCCUCCAAUGUGAAUGAGGGGUCGGAGGAGAAACUCUGCAUCACAGAAGCCGAAGCCAGGGUGAUACCCCAGAGCUCGGAUAACGGGCAGUUACUGGUCUGUGAGGGUUCCAACCCAGCUUUGGACACUCCCAUAAAGGCUUCAUUCACCAUGAAUAUUCUAUUCCCCCCAGGACCUCCUGUCAUUGAUUGGCCAGGCCUGAAUGAGGGGCAUGUGAGGGCAGGGGAGAACCUGGAGCUGCCCUGCACAGCCAGAGGUGGCAAUCCACCUGCUACCCUGCAGUGGCUGAAGAACGGUAAACCAGUGUCCACAGCCUGGGGCACCGAGCAUGCCCAGGCAGUGGCCCACAGCGUGCUGGUGAUGACCGUGCGACCUGAGGACCAUGGAGCUCAGCUCAGCUGUCAGUCCUACAACAGUGUGUCUGCAGGGACCCAGGAGAGAAGCAUCACACUACAGGUCACCUUUCCCCCAAGCGCCAUUACCAUCCUGGGAUCUGUAUCACAAUCGGAGAACAAGAACGUGACCCUUUGCUGCCUGACCAAGUCCAGUCGCCCACGGGUCCUGCUGCGAUGGUGGUUGGGUGGACGGCAGCUGCUGCCCACAGAUGAGACAGUCAUGGAUGGCUUGCAUGGUGGCCACAUCUCCAUGUCCAAUCUGACAUUCUUGGUGCGGAGAGAAGACAAUGGCCUGCCCCUCACCUGUGAAGCCUUCAGUGACGCCUUCAGCAAGGAGACCUUCAAGAAGUCACUCACCUUGAAUGUGAAAUACCCUGCCCAGAAGCUGUGGAUUGAGGGGCCCCCAGAGGGACAGUACAUCCGGACUGGGACUCGGGUGAGGCUGGUAUGCUUGGCCAUCGGAGGCAACCCAGACCCCUCCCUCAUCUGGUUUAAGGAUUCACGUCCGGUGAGCGAGCCCCGGCAGCCCCAGGAGCCCCGGCGUGUGCAGCUGGGCAGUGUGGAGAAGUCCGGGAGCACUUUCUCCCGCGAGCUGGUGUUGAUCAUAGGUCCGCCGGACAACCGAGCCAAGUUCUCCUGCAAGGCUGGUCAGCUCAGUGCGUCUACGCAGCUGGUGGUGCAGUUCCCCCCAACCAACCUGACCAUCCUGGCCAACUCGUCCGCGCUGCGCCCAGGCGACGCCUUGAACUUGACCUGCGUCAGCAUCAGCAGCAACCCCCCAGUCAACUUGUCUUGGGACAAGGAAGGAGAGAGGCUGGAAGAUGUGGCUGCAAAACCGCAGAGCGCACCGUUCAAAGGCUCCGCUGCAUCCAGGAGUGUUUUUCUCAGAGUGUCAUCCCGAGACCACGGUCACCGGGUCACCUGCCGGGCCCACAGCGAGGCACUCCGUGAAACCGUGAGCUCCUUCUACCGCUUCAAUGUGCUGUAUCCUCCAGAGUUCCUGGGGGAGCAAGUGCGGGCAGUGACCGUGGUGGAGCAGGGCCAGGUGCUGCUGCCGGUGUCGGUGUCUGCUAACCCCGCCCCCGAGGCCUUCAACUGGACCUUCCGAGGCUACCGCCUCAGCCCAGCUGGGGGUCCCCGGCACCGUAUCCUGUCUGGAGGGGCUCUGCAGCUGUGGAAUGUGACCCGAGCUGACGAUGGCUUUUAUCAGCUGCACUGCCAGAACUCAGAGGGCACCGCUGAGGCGCUGUUGAAGCUGGACGUGCAUUAUGCUCCCACCAUCCGUGCCCUCCGGGACCCUACUGAGGUGAAUGUUGGGGGUUCUGUGGACAUAGUCUGCACCGUUGACGCCAAUCCCAUCCUCCCAGAGAUGUUCAGCUGGGAGAGACUGGGAGAAGAAGAGGAGGAUCUGAACCUGGACGACAUGGAGAAAGUUUCCAAGGGAUCCACGGGGCGUCUGCGGAUUCGCCAAGCCAAGCUAUCCCAGGCUGGUGCCUACCAGUGCAUCGUGGACAAUGGGGUGGCUCCUGCAGCCAGAGGACUGGUUCGUCUCGUCGUCCGAUUUGCUCCCCAGAUGGAUCAGCCUACUCCCCUAACAAAAGUGGCUGCCGCUGGGGACAGCACCAGCUCAGCCACACUCCACUGCCGUGCCCGGGGUGUCCCCAACAUCGACUUCACUUGGACCAAAAACGGGGUCCCUCUGGAUCUCCAAGACCCCAGGUACACAGAGCACAGGUACCACCAGGGUGUUGUCCACAGCAGCCUCUUGACCAUCGCUAAUGUGUCUGCGGCCCAGGACUAUGCCCUCUUCAAAUGCACGGCCACCAACGCCCUUGGCUCUGACCACACCAACAUACAGCUCGUCAGCAUCAGCCGCCCUGACCCUCCACUGGGACUGAAGGUUGUCAGCAUAAGCCCUCACUCGGUGGGGCUGGAGUGGAAGCCUGGCUUCGAUGGGGGUCUGCCUCAGAGGUUCCAAAUCAGGUACGAGGCCCUUGAGACCCCAGGAUUCCUCCACGUGGAUGUCCUACCUACACAGGCCACUACCUUCACGCUGACUGGGCUGAAGCCUUCUACACGAUACAGGAUCUGGCUGUUGGCCAGCAAUGCCCUGGGGGACAGUGGAUUGACGGACAAGGGGAUCCAGGUCUCCGUCACUACCCCAGGCCCGGACCAGGCUCCUGAAGACACAGACCACCAGCUGCCCACAGAGCUGCCUCCAGGACCCCCGAGGCUGCCCCUGCUGCCUGUGCUCUUUGCAGUUGGUGGUCUUCUGCUGCUCUCCAAUGCCUCCUGUGUUGGGGGCCUCCUCUGGCGGAGAAGACUGAGGCGCCUUGCUGAGGAGAUCUCAGAGAAGACAGAGGCAGGGUCGGAGGACAGGAUCAGGAAUGAAUACGAGGAGAGUCAGUGGACUGGGGACCGGGACACGAGAAGCUCCACGGUUAGCACAGCAGAAGUGGACCCAAAUUACUACUCCAUGAGGGACUUCAGCCCCCAGCUUCCCCCAACGUUGGAGGAGGUGCUGUACCACCAAGGUGCUGAAGGCGAGGACAUGGCCUUCCCCGGACACCUGUAUGAUGAAGUGGAGAGAGCCUAUGGCCCGCCUGGGGCCUGGGGACCCCUCUAUGACGAAGUACGAAUGGACCCCUAUGAGCUUCGCUGGCCUGAGGUCCAGUAUGAGGAUCCGAGGGGAAUCUACGACCAGGUGGCAGCAGACAUGGAUGCUGUGGAAGCUAGUUCUCUGCCCUUUGAGCUGAGGGGACAUCUGGUGUGAGACUCUUCACGACACACUACACUACAGCCCUGGAGAAGAUGUGAGGGGAUGUGUUCAAGUGACAAGAGGACUCGGGCUGACAUCUGGGAUGACCAAGACUCCUUUAAUUGGAAUGGGGCUUCUCCGAAGAGACAAAGUCAUUUGGAAACGACAUUUGAACAAUGGAAAUCCACUUUAGGGGGUCAUUAUACUUUUCAAAAGUAAAAUUUUUAGAUGUAGGAAAGACUCAU